AUGAGCCAACCGAACUCUUGGCUGUGUCUUUCUCCAGUGGAUUGUGAACUGUGGGAGGACAGUCCACGAGAAAUCAGAGUGAAAGAGGGAGAGGCUUUGGAAUGGCCCUGUCCAAAUCUCGAUUGCAGUGACAACGCCCACGAAUCCGAGAUAUUCUGGUACAAAAGGGGGCGGGAUGGACAGGACAUGGAGGAAAUUGGAAAGAAUGAGAGUGAUCGAAUUCAUUAUCACGGAGCCAGGCUAUACUUCCUUCCAAUUGACCUGAAUGACACAGGACGUUACUACACUCUCUGGUUUUAUAACGGGAAUGAAUGUGCCAAAUUUGAGACAGAUCUGGAGGUCUACAUGGAGUUUCAUGACGACUUAUUAUACAGAUUAGUUGCAUCACAAGCCUCAAAACCAGCCAUCGUAUGUCCCUUUAAUGAGAAAAAUGGAUCUCUCACAUGGUACAAGGAUUUUCAUCUGAUUCCGGGGGAGACCGAAGACAUUCUCCGAAUUCCCAACGCAUCCAAGCAAGACGAAGGGAUCUACACCUGCAUGCUGACGUGGGAACACGGAGGGAGGAUUUACAACUCCUCCAGAUCCCGCAGACUCCGGAUAAUGGGUCCGAGAGCAAGUCACGCACAGCCAUCUAACAGACUUCCUCCGCGAAUUCAGUAUCCAGUUAACGGAUCAACGGAUGUGGCAGAACUGGGCUCUGGAAAGACCCUGACGUGUCUGGCUUUCUUUGGCAUCAACGUGAGGGAGCGGCACAGUGUGACCUGGGAAUUUAAGCCUCAUCGCUCAAAAAGAUACAGCAUCAUCAACAGGGAAGAGAACGGGUUGUUUAAAUCCAUUCUGACCAUACAUAAUGUAUCAGAGACAGACUUCAAAACAGUGUUUCAGUGCAUUGCUAGAGAUGACAGCUCAUGGGUGUUUGUGUCAGUUACUCUUAAGGCCAAAGAGUCAGUGCUUCCCACAGUGUGGGCAUGCGUGAUUGGACUGCUGGUCUUCCUGCUCACUCUCUUGUUGGUGAAAUGUUUUGCAGUAGAUCUGGCUUUGUUUUUCAGACGCUUUAUGGUGCCAAAGACUAGAGAUGAUGGAAAGGUUUAUGAUGCGUAUGUGAUAUAUAAGAGCCAUAACUCAGAGAAAACGGAAAAGUCAGUCGCCCACUUCAUCAGUGACAUUCUGCCCACUGUAAUGGAGGACAAAUGUGGUUUCAAACUCUACAUCCAUGGCAGAGAUGACCUACCUGGGCAGGAUCGCAUGGAGCUGGUGGAGAAGUGCAUACAGCUGAGCAGGAGGCUCAUCGUCAUCCUCACCCCAAGGUCAGAUGAAGGUGAAAAGGUCACGAUCCCUGAGUGCUACGACUGGCAGGUUGGACUGCAUCAGGCUUUGGUGCAGGGGGAGAUGAACGUGAUUCUCAUCCAAGUGGGGGACGUGGAUGACUUCACACACCUCCCCCUCAGCCUGCAGCACCUCCUCCAAAAGAGCGCCCCACUGAGAUGGAAGGAGAGGAGUCACGGGGCAGCAUCGCCAAACUCCCGAUUCUGGAAGCGUGUGCGGUACAUGAUGCCCGUUCCUCCGUGCCAGUCAAGGGCCCAGACUUUGAAAAUGCUUAAGGUCAAGCACCAUGGCCCUCAGGAGGUCAAAGAGUCAGUUUAA